GACGAACUAAUGGAAAAUCACGGAGAAUACCGCGAUCAAAACUCGUUCGCUAGAAUCCGCUUCCCUCUCUACUACGCGAUCGUCAUACGUUAUCACGUGUAGUGUUUCACAGAGUAUAUGUAGCCAUACGUUAAUCGCGUCGCUUGGAGUGCUCAUUACAAUUUUUGCUCACCGUGUCUUUUUAUUUCGUAGAUGAGAUGGCAAGUUUGGAUAAAAUAAUGAGCAUAUGGAAAUGUGCAGAUGCUAUAACGUUUGAUGUAGAUUCCACUGUCACGACAGAAGAAGGUAUUGAUGAGCUUGCAAAAUUUUGUGGGAAAGGAGAGCAAAUUGCUGAAUUAACUAAACGAGCCAUGCAAGGUGACAUGACAUUCCAACAGUCUUUAUCAGUUAGAUUGCAAAUAAUAAAUCCAAGUUUAGCACAAAUAAAAGAGUUUUUGAAUACUCAUAAAGCAAAACUCACUGAUGGUAUCAAAGAGUUAGUGUCAGCUUUACGAUCCCAUGGGAAGCAAGUGUUUCUUGUCUCUGGUGGUUUCCACUCCCUCAUCAUGCCAAUUGCUGCACAACUUAACAUUCCACCUGAAAAUAUUUAUGCUAACAAAUUGAAAUUUUACUUCACAGGAGAGUAUGCUGGAUUUGACGAGAGUCAGCCAACUUCUAAAAGUGGUGGCAAAGCAGAAGUAAUACGACAUCUUAAAGAAAAGGAAGGAUUCAAGAUUGUUGUCCAUAUUGGUGAUGGCGCGACAGAUUUAGAAGCAUCGCCGCCAGCGGACGCAUUUAUAGGAUUCGGCGGGAAUGUAAUUAGAGAAAAUGUAAAAUUAUGCUCGCAAUGGUAUGUAACGAAUUUUAAUGAUCUCACGAAAAGUUUAUAAUUGUAAAUAUAGUAUAUAAUAUAAAAUAAUAUGCAUAUAUAUAUAUAUAUAUAUAUAUAUAUAUAUAUAUAUAUAUAUAGAGAGAGAGAGAGAGAGAGAGAGAGAGAGAGAGA